AUGCUAAAAGCAGAGAACCAUAGUCUUAAGAUGGAGAAUUACAAUCUUCGGUCUAAUCCAAUAUGCUCUUCUUGUGAUGGCUCCAGUGACAAACUCCGCCUUGAAAACUCCCGCCUCCGGCAAGAGCUUGAUCUGUUACGCAGCAUUGCUUCGUUGUUUGACUCUCCUCCUUCUCCACAAGACACUUCCUUUUACUUCUCGGAGACUGAUAACAACAAUGUUACAUUGAUUUCUGAGGAAGAAAAGGCGGCUGCGAUGGAUCUUGCGGUUUCUUGUGUUCAAGAAUUGGAAAAGAUGUGUGAGACAAUUGAGCCGUUGUGGAAUAAGAAGAUGAGUGUGUCUCUGAACGAGGAAGAGUACAAGAAGAUGUUUCAAUGGCCUCCAAUGGAUGAUGGUCGUUUUCGCAGAGAAGCUUCAAGAGCUAACGAAGUUGUCCUCAUGAAUAGCAUCACCCUCGUCAACACAUUCCUUGACGCUGACAAAUGGUCGGAGAUGUUCUGUCCAAUAGUGUCAAGAGCCAAAACGAUUCAGAUCAUUUCUUCUGGAGUUUCUGGAGCAAGUGGUUCUCUUCUUCUGAUGUAUGCAGAGUUACAAGGACUCUCUCCAAUGGUGCCAACAAGAGAAGGUUACUUUCUUCGGUAUGCAGAGCAAAAGGCAGAAGAAAGUAAAUGGAUGAUUGUUGAUUUUCCGAUCAAAAAAGCUUCCGCUACUGCCGCCACUGAUCAAUACCGGAGAAAGCCUUCUGGUUGCAUCAUUCAAGACAUACCUAACGGAUACUCUCAGGUCACGUGGGUAGAGCACGUGGAAGUGGAGGAGAAGCACGUGCUGCACGAGGUGGUUAGAGAGUAUGUGAGGAGUGGUGUGGCCUUUGGCGCUGAACGGUGGUUAUCUGUGUUGAAGAGACAGUGUGAGAGGAUGGCUAGUCUCAUGGCUACAGACAUCACCGACCUUGGAGUGAUACCCUCUGUAGAUGCGAGGAGGAACCUGAUGAGGCUGUCACAGACAAUGGUGAAAAGUUUCUGCUACGGACAAGCAUUUUCUGAAUCGACAAUGGACGCAGUGAGAGUCACGAGGACGAGGAGGAAAGUUUGUGGUGGUGUUGUUCUUUGUGCCGUGUCCACCAAGUUUCUUCCUUUUUCUCAUCAUCAAGUCUUUGAUCUCCUCCGCGACGAUCAUGUUCUCUCUCAGGUGGCGAACAACUCACCGGAUAAUGAAGAGAUGAUGCUUCAAGAAACUUGCACUGAUAACUCCGGCGGUCUCGUGGUUUACUCCACCGUCGACUUCAAAGCCGCUAUGAACGGCGAGGAUACUUCUAGUAUCCCUAUUCUGCCCCUCGGAUUCUCCAUUGUUCCCGUGAAUCCACCCGAGGGUAUUUCCGUCUAUUCUCCGUCAUGCUUGCUCACUGUUGGGAUACAGUUCUUAGCGAGCAACGUAGCCACCGCAAGACUCGAGCUUUCCAACGUCAACGACCGUAUCUUCACCACUUUGAAACUGAUCACCUCCUCCCUCGAAAGCUCCGGAUCCUCCGCCGUGCCUAAACAAGAGAUCAGCUGGUAA